AGAUGAUGUGCGUCAAAAUGGCGUCAUAUAGAGUCUACAUUGCUAUAAUUUGAAAAAAAGUUUUUUAGGAGUUAGAUUAAAGAUCUUUUCUUAUAAAUACAAUUUAACAAUGAAACUUAAUUACUAGAACACAAAAAGCAUAGUAAACAGAAUUUGAACUUGGGACUCCCGGUUUGAAAGCCAAGCGCUUUACUGUUCAGCCACUGCGCCUCCCAAAAAAGAAAUACAAUAGUAUUAUUAAUUAAGCUCAGCCUUUUCAUCCUCAAAUAACCUUUGAUUCAGAUUUGGCUUGGAGAAAUAGUUUUAAGCUAAAAUGAUAGAAUCUCAGAGUGCAGAGUCGCAAAUCGUCUUCUCGCCUGUCACAGCUUUUGAAGCAAUAGAAAGACAAAUCAAAUCUUUGUGUCUGAAAGACUUCCCAUGUGGUGAAGGAUCAUGGAGAGAAGAGAGAAUUAUAAAUAAGCUGCCAACCAAAAAUUUGGGAAAAUCAAAAAAUCCUAAACUGGUUAAGAAAAAGGAUCCAUAUAUAGUUGAUUCUGCUGACAAGGAGAGUGUAGAAGUUCUCCAGGAACUCAUCAGAUCAGAGUUAUCCCCCUGGCACCUUGAAAGCUCUUGGAGUGCAGAGGCAGAGAAGUUAAGGCGUGUUGCAGUUCAAACUCCUUGGUUAUUAAAAGAGGAAACUAUUUUCAGUUAUUUAAAGACUGUCAAAAUCUACGAUCAAGGGGUAGUUACAGUCGACAAAAAAUUGUUGAAGUUAAAAAAUUUAGAAGAACUGAUACUAAGUGCCAAUUCUAUUUCUUCAAUUAGUUCUGAAAAUCUUCCCAAGUCUUUAAAGAAGCUGGAGUUGCAUGCCAAUCAAAUCUCUGACAUCUCUGGCCUUUGUAUUAGUCCACCUCCGCUGGAACACUUAGGCUUGGGUCGCAACAUUUUGACCUCCAUAGACGAGCACAUUACAGGUGCCUGCUGGCCCUAUCUAGUAUCUUUAGAUAUUAGCCAUAAUGAUUUGUGUGAUCUUGUGAAAAUCAUCUCUGUUUUGGAAACAUUAACAAAAUUAAGACACCUUGUGAUGAAUGGAAAUCCUUUGUCAUUGAUUCCUGCCUAUCGUGGCUUUACCAUAGACUCCUUAAAGCAUCUGAUGGUUUUUGAUGACAUCCAUCUUUCUGUGGAUGAAAAAUUGAGUUUCAAUAAAUUAGCCAGAGCAAAAGAUACUAUUAUUGAAGAGGCUCAAAUUUAUAUUGAAAUUCCCAGCAUUAAAGGAAUUCCUUGUCCAGAUGAAAUAAAGUUCAAAGACACUCAACCAGAAUAUCCAGUUGUGGAUCGAAAAUAUUUUCUACAGUUUAUGUUCCUAGAAGAGAAAGUUAAAACAACGUCAGUCAUUAUAUUAGAAGCUGCAGAGCAGUUGAAGCUCAUGGUUACAGAAAGCCAGGAAACGGAUGGUGUUCAGGAAUUGACAGCUGAUGGCUUGACUAGUGAUAAACAAAAUGAAGUUCUUCUAGAAAACAAACAAUCUGAAUAUUAUGCAGAACCAAUCGAAUUAAUGCCCAUUGGUGAUGAAGCCAACAAAGAGGAGAUUCAUCAGAUUGUCAGCCUCAGUUGUUGCAAACUGUUUUGUGAAGCCACCCCAGAAUCUCACUUAAGGCUUGUUCCUAUCAAAACCAAUACUUUCUCCUGGGCACCAGAGCAGUCAUUGAAUAUAGCAGUUGAUAUAAAACGACAAAACCUACUUCCUCUGAGAGAUUUUUUUAAACAUGGGAUGGACUUUUCUUUGAUGGAACAAUUGGUAGUGAGUUACCCCACUGGCCAUGAGGCUAAGGAAGACAAAGGAGGAAAAGGGAAAGAUAAAAGCAAGUCUGCAAAAAGAGAAAAAACUCCAGAAAAACCCAAAAGUGCACAAAAGAAGGAACCAAAAAAGAAAAAGGAUGAUGUAGAUCUUCUGAAAUCUAAACCAGUGUUGGCCACAAUAGCAUCAUUUUAUCUUCCCCUGGAGAAUUUUCUAGAUGGAGAGUACGUCUGCAAGAAUGUAUUCACUGCCGAAGAGCUUCCUGCGCCGUUGCCAGCUGUACCUGUUGAGCAAGAUAAAAUUAAUGCCAAAACUAAAGAGAAAAGAAAAGAUUCUGCAUCCCCAUCAGAUAAAAAUAAAAAUGCCAAGAAAACACCCACCAAGGAGGAUAAGAAGAAAAAACAUUCAGAGGAGCCAAUAGAUUUUGGUUCAGAGAGAUUAGAACUUGAGGUGAUUGUGAAGCUAGAACAUUGGAUGUCAACCAAAGACGCGUACAGUGAAGAGAAAACUCAGAGGGUGACACAAGAUAGUCAAGGUUAUCAUCUAAUUUAAGGAAAACUCAAACAAACAUAUUCAAGUUUGUGUUUAUCUCUGCUAGUGGUGUCAAGUUCAGAGAAAUUGGUUAUCUAAUUUAGUUAGAAAAAAAUAGCUGGUGAUCAAGAUUUUAAUUUAUCAUCACUAGUGAUGGUGCCAUCUGUUUGAUAGGAUUUAUCUUUCAGAUAGUCAAAUGUUCCAUUUGCUUCUGUCUAAGGGAAGAUCAUGCACCACAAAAUAAAUAAAUACUAAUAAAAAUAACAUUGAAAUAUUUUCUUUAUGCUAUAUGCAUUAUAUAUAUUUUAAAAGCCUUUUACAUUUUGUUGACCGUGCCUACACUAUGAGUUGUUUUUUUGCUCUCACCUCUUGAAUUACGAUAAUAAUUAUAAAGAAUUUUUUUCUAAAACUUUAGAAGUUAUAUGCUAUUGUGCAUCAGUUAAUGUUUCUAAUUAUUUGCAAGCUACAUGCUGUUUGUGUUGCAUAGCCAUAGCCUGAUGCAGCUGAUCAUUUGGCAGCUGUAUACUAUUGUGUUGAUUAGCCCUGGCUUAUUGCUGAAAUUGGUUAUUGGUUAUAAAUGUAUUUACAUGAAAGACAUUUUUUCAGUGGGUUUUAAGAAAUAUAUCUAUAUAGGAAUGAAUCUUUCUCAGUUUACAUGAUUGUGAUUUACAUGAAAAAAAAAGUUAUUGAUAAUGUUAAAAAAUACACAUUUCCAGUAGGUCGUUUAUUAAUGAAGAGAUGUAAGAAGUCUUCUUAGAAAGAUGUUUCCAAAAUAAAUGUGUGGAUAGCAGUCUUCUGAGAGAAGAUGUUUUCAAAAUAAAUGUGUGGAUAGCAGUCUUCUGAGGGAAGAUGUUUUCAAAAUGAAUGUGUGGAUAGCAGUCUUCAGAGGGCAGAUGUUUUCCAAAUACAUUUUGUCUUUGAGAACAUUUACUUACUGCUGAAAUAAACAUUUUUAUCAA